AUGGGGGAACUGAGCCCACGGAGCCCCGCGGAAGGCUUGCCCUUUGCGCAGCGGCCCAUUGUCAUCUUGGGUGCAGGGAUCAUUGGAUGUGCCACGGCACGUCAACUGCUCCUCAACGGAUUCGCCGUCGUCGUGGUGGCCGAGUACCUCCCGGGAGACCAGAACCCGUGGUAUGCUUCGGCAUGGGCGGGGGCCGCCUGGCAUGCGGCCGCGGGCAUCAGCCCUGAACACCGCUACAUCCAAGCGGUGACCCAUCGUCACCUGCUGAAGAUGGCACAGGAAGACCCCCAGUCAGGGGUGUGUAUCGUCGAUGCGCGCGAAUACCUUGACCUGCCUCCAUCGGAGAAUUCCUCGGUGUGGGGCAAGAAGGUAGCGGCCAAUUUCCGUGAUCUGAAACCGGGCGAGUAUCCCGCCGAGUCCAACUCUGGAUGGGCGUACGACUGCCUAGUCACCGACCCGACGCUCCACAUGCCCUAUCUGGGAAAGCAGGUUUCGGCUCUCGGUGGGCACUUCAUUCGGAAGCGGGUGGACUCUCUGCAGGAGCUCUACACCAUGUUCCCAGAAUCGAGUGUUUUCAUCAACGCCAGUGGCGUGGGAAGCAAGUCGCUGAGCGACGUCCAGGAUGACAAGUGCUUCCCGGAGCGGGGCCAGAACGUCUUCUACCGCACCGAGCAGUGCCGCCGGUUAUACUUGCGAGUCGGCAAAGAGUACACCUACAUUAUCCCUCGACCGCUCUCCAACGGGGUCGUCCUGGGUGGGGUCAAACAGAGGGACAACCUCUCCCCCGACCCCGAUAUGGAAAUUGCGCGGGAUGAAAUCGCCCGCGCACACCGUCUCGCCCCUGAAAUCGUGCCCGCAAACCCACCCGAAUCGUCCCUCAGUCACAUUGUGGGUAUCCGGCCCUCCCGGGAAGGUGGAUUCCGUCUCGACUCCCAGCAGAUCGGCGAUCGCGUCAUCGUGUCCGCCUACGGGUUCGGCGGCGGUGGAUAUGCCUUCUCGUACGGUAUCGCCGAUGCCGUCGCCAAGAUGGUGGAAGAAGCAGAGCGGACAAACGUGGUUUCGUGA